UUUCCGGUUCGCUAGAACGCGAAGCAUGCGAACAGCGAGCUAAAACAUCGCAGCGCAGCUACCGCGUCACGCCGGUGAUUUUGCUUUUCACACCGGUCUGUGCGAAGGAGUAAAGAUUCGCCCGUUGAGAUUGUAGAGCGAGAAUCGCGCUCUUUUGGCCGCGAAGAUGGCGACGCCUCCAGAAGACCAGGAGCUGAGGAAUGUCAUCGACAAGCUGGCGCAGUUUGUGGCCCGCAAUGGGCCUGAGUUCGAGAAGAUGACCAUGGACAAGCAGAAGGAAAACCCAAAGUUCUCUUUCCUCUUUGGCGGCGAUUUUUUUGCCUACUACAAGUAUAAACUGGCCAUUGAACAGCAGCAGUUGCUCUGCAAACAGCCUGGACAGGAUGGCCCCGAUGCCCCGCCUCCAAUGGCCCCACUUGCUCCGCCCCCUGUCCCUCCCCCUCCUCUGGCCACACCCUCGGUGGACGAACUCAUCCAGCAGAGCCAGUGGAACCUGCAGCAGCAGGAGCAGCACCUCCAGAACCUGAGACAGGAGCAAGUGACUGCCGCCAUCGCCCUCGCUCUGGAGCAGCAGACGCAGAAGCUGCAGCUGGAGACGCAGCUGGACAUGGCUGAGUUCGACAGUCUGCUGCAGCCCAUCAUCGACACCUGCACCAAGGACGCCAUCUCGGCAGGGAAGAACUGGAUGUUCAGCAACGCCAAGUCAUCGCAGCACUGCGAGCUGAUGGCAGCACACCUCCGCAACCGCGUUACGGCCAGCGCGGCUGACUUCCAGCUGCGGCUGCACCUCAUUUACCUGAUCAACGAUGUGCUGCACCACUGCCAGAGGAAGCAGCAGAGGGACCUGCUGGCAGCACUCCAGAAGGUGGUUGUGCCCAUCUACUGCACCAGCUUCCUGGCUGUGGAGGAGGACAAGCAGCAGAAGAUUGCACGGCUGCUGCAGCUCUGGGAAAAGAAUGGCUACUUUGAUGAGACCACAAUCCAGCAGCUACAAAGUCCUGCCCUGGGCCUGGGCCAAUACCAGGCCUCGCUCAUCACAGAGUUUGCGGCCGUGGUGCAGCCUGUGCAGACAGCCUUUCAGCAGCAGAUCCAGGCCCUGCAGGCACAGCACCAGGAGCUGGUGAUCAGCCUCAGGCAGCAGCAGUCUGCUCCGGCCACGGUGCCUGUGUCGGCUGCGCAGUCGACCCCAGGGGAGAGGGAGGGGCCUGUUCCAACCACUCAGCAUGGUGAGGUCAAAGGUGACUAUGAGGUGAACCGGAACCCCAUGUCUGCUGCAGCACCCCCCCGUGACCCUAGCGACCCCAUCCCGCCCCCCAAGCCCGGCUGGUUUGACCCCCAGCGCAACCUGUCGGCGUGGCCUCAGCAGCAGCCACCCCCCUUUGACCCCACUCACCCUCCACCGCCCUGCCCCCCCUGGGGGUCUCAUGAGGCUCCGUGGAAUGAGCAGCGGAACCCCAACUGGGGUGGCCAGCGUGACAACGCCCCCUGGGGCAGCCAGCGUGAAGGCAGCCAGCGUGAAAACGCCCCCUGGAGUGAGCAACGCGAGAACGCCCCCUGGAGCGAACAGAGGGAGAACGCACCCUGGGCUGGGCAGCCCGAGCCGCCGCCGCCUGCCUGGAGUGGCCAACGCGAGGCUCCGUGGAGCGGUCAGCCUGAGCGCCCCCCCUGGGGCCAGAGGGAGCCUCCGUUCAGGAUGCAGAGACCCCCACCGUUCCGAGGCCCACCCCCACCAUUCAACCAGCCUCCACCUCCACAUGAUUUUGGCCGUUUCCCGCCACGCUUCAUGCAGGAAGACCUCCCCCCGCGUCACCACUUUGAGCCGCCGCCGUACCCGCCCCCCGGGUUCGAGUACCCACAGGGAGACUACCCAGCAGAUCUGGGGCCCCCACCACAUCCCCCGCCCAGCCACAGGAUCCCCCCGCCAGGAAUAUCGGAACCCCCUCCCUGGGGGGGGUCGCAGCAUCCCGACUUUGGCCCUCCACCCCGUGGCUUUAAUGGCCAGGCCCCCCACAGCCGACGGCAGGCCCCCUCCCACGUGAGUCAGGACGACCCGAGCCUGGUGCCCAACGUGCCGUACUUCGACCUGCCGGCCGGCCUCAUGGCGCCUCUUAUCAAGCUCGAAGACCAUGACUACAAGGCCCUGGACCCCAAGGACAUCCGUCUGCCACCCCCCAUGCCCCCUAGUGAAAGACUACUAGCUGCUGUGGAGGCCUUUUACAGCCCACCAUCUCACGAGCGACCCAGGAACAGCGAGGGCUGGGAACAGAAUGGCCUCUACGAGUUCUUCAGGGCCAAGAUGCGAGCGAGGAAGAAGAAGGCACAAGAAGAGCAGAGCAGCCGCUCCCGCAGCCGGGGCAGGUCAUCCUCCCGCUCCUCGUCCAGGUCCAAGUCUCGCUCGAGGUCCCGCUCGCGCUCCUACUCCCGCUCCAGGUCCAGGAGUGGCUCUCGGUCAUCACGUUCCCGUUCGCAUUCCCGCUCCCGAUCUCGCUCCCGCUCCCGCUCCCGCUCGAGGUCCGGCUCCCCCAGCCGGAGACGCCAGCGCCGGUCUCGCACUUCUUCUCCACCGUCCACAUCUGGCCUCAGUGGCGCUCAAGACCAGAGGCUGGGUGAGGAGAACAAGGGCCACCGGAUGCUGAGGAAGAUGGGGUGGAGCGGUUCUGGAGGGCUGGGGGCCAAAGAGCAAGGGAUCCGGGACCCGGUGAAGGAGGGUGACGUGCGAGACAAGUGGGACCAGUACAAGGGCGUUGGGGUGUCGCUGGACGACCCAUAUGAGAACUACCGCCGCAACAAGAGCCACACUUUCAUCGCCCGCAUGAUGGCCAGGGAGGACGUGAAUCGAGAGCCGCCGCAGCCCUCGGCCCCCAAGUGACGACGAGGAGCCCUCUCGACCACCUUGGAGAAGCUGACAUCUUGCCUUCAAAGUUUGGAUUGUCUUCUCAGAGAAAUCAGUGUCAGGCCCUGCAUCCAUACUAGUCACCAUGUACAGUUUUGUUAUUUUGUAUUUUGUCUUUUUAAAAGGAAAAUAGGUUGGAGGAAUGAGAUUAAAAUUAAGAUCUUGCAUUCAUUCUGUAAACUCCAUCCCACAGUC